AUGGCUCGGAGUGCUCAGCCUCAGAGACGUAUGACCAGGAGUCAGAGUCGAGAUAUUGAAGGAGGGAGUGAAGUUGGCAGUGCAGUUGUUACACCAUCUCGGGCACGACGCAAAGCGGCCGCCUUAGAAGUUGUUGUGGAAGAGUCUCCGGCACGGUCGCAUAAACACUACAGACCCGACUUCAUCCCUGAUUCGCCUGAGGAUGCGACCAAUAUCUCAGGGACGACGUUUAUCAAUCCCCCGGAGGUCGACACCUCGGCUCUUGAUCCGGAGUUGAUGCUUGACGAGCUGCCGGAUCUCGAGUCCAAAGCAAAAGACAUCGUCAAUCUCCUGGUUCCUGCUGGUUCUGUAAACUUCGUCGGCGCCGUCAACGCGGCAAAGACAAUCCACACUUCCAGGAACCCGCAGAGCAGACUCUUCAACAACAGGAAGAAGAAGCUCGUGCAGGAGGUGGCGCAGUUCGGCCAGGAUGGGAACGACUACAUUGAUGUGAGACGUGUUCGCGACCUCCUCUACGCAACUCUAGAGGAGAAGGGGGCAUUGGGUCAGGGCUGGAGCCCUGACCCUGUACUAUACAAAGCGAACUGCGCCCAGCUUGCUAUCGACAUCUUGACUCAGUCCCGAGCGCAGCCGGUGGGGCAGAUAAUCCGCCAUCUGGAGGCGCUGUUUCCCUCCAUGUUCCUGAGCGACCUUGUCGGUCGGGGCGCAAGAAAAGCAGUCGGAGAGAGCACGCUCGAGCGCGACACUCUCUCCUUUGCGAUCGAGAUCCGCACUCAAUCCUUGAUCACGACGCUAGAAGACCAGAGCCUACAUGAGAGGGAGUUCGAUCCCUACGAGUCCCUCGGCGAGACGUUCUACACGGUCCCCGUCGACGAGAGCGUCUUCGACGACAACGAGCCCCUCCGCGGCUUCGGCCUGGAGAAAUUUAGCGACGCUGAUGGCUUCCUCCCUGAGGCGUUCUGCGGCCCGGUCAACGAACGUGUCAAUGAUAUUGGCAUGUAUUUGUCUGGCGAUCGCGACGAAGUCGUGAGUGGCCUAAAGGGACAGUUCCCUUGGCAACGGUUUGCCUUGCGGGCUGCCCAGUGGAUCCGCAAGAGGGUCGACGAGAUCGAUGCCGAUUUGAGCGGCCAGGAUAGUGUGGAUGUCGUCCGCGAAGGCUUCUUCACUCCCACUAGGGAUCGCCGCAGUAUGGGCACAGACAGGCGCAGUGUGGGUACAGACCGGCGCAGUGUGGGUACAGACCGGCGCAGUAUAGGUGUGGACCGCCGCAGUAUGGGUACAGACAGGCGCAGCGUGGACAGGCGCAGUGUGGGUGCAGACAGGCACCACAGAGAGCGACAGGAAAGCGAAAUAGUGCAAGCGAGAGAGGAAGCUAUCAGAGAGCAGGUCAGAGAACAGCUGCUCAGAGAGGAGAGGGAGAGACAGCAUAGGGAGCGACUGGAGAGAGAGAGGCAGGAGAUUGAGAAGGAGGAGAGAGAGAGAGAGAGACAGGAGAGACAGAGGGAGGAGAGGGAAAGAGAAGGGAGGGAAAGACAGGAAAGAGAACGACAGGAGACGGAAAGACAAGAAAGAGAAAGACAACAGAGGGAAACAGAAGAGAGAGAAAGACAAAGACAAAGUGAACAAGGAACUGCCACUGCUUCCUCUAAAUCCCUGGCACCAAAGGCCCAUCCAACAUACUUGAGGACCGGGUUUAUGGAGCGCCUUAUACAAAGACAGAGAGAAAAUCGCGCCCGCCUCUCUGAAACAGGCCCUCGUCGACAGUCAGACGUCAUUCAAUCCGCUCCCCAGACUGCACCUGAGGGGAUUGAGCCACGCCGGCAGACAAUGGCAGCUAUCCCGCAGGCUGCAGCUUCACCUGAGGACCGAGAGAUACCCGCAUCCCCUCUGGCCGAUGAGUCCACGUUUAACGUGGACGAUGACUUCUACGCUCAAGCCGAACAGUCCCUUAGUCCGGUCGUCACCAGGAUCCGAGCCACUCCAAGCUCCCGCCGGGGGACUCCCUCAGCGCAAGCAUCCGCCACGCCCCACCCGGCCAGUCACAUCCCAUCGAGCAUGGAACUCUGGCAGGCCGCCAAAGCGCAUCCCGCUGUAUCUCAGCGCCCGAUAGCCGCACAGCAAGGGCCCCGUAUAGCAACGUUCAUCGACCGCCAGGACAACGCAUACAGGGUAUCACCGAUCCAAGACGCCGAAAGCGUCCAAAGGAGACGUCCGACAGAGGAAGCCUCCAGAAAACGCAGACGAUCAGUAACCGAAUCAUCCACCGACGACUCCGACAGCGACGACUUCACCAGCGAUGAGCGCACCGUAGGCGUCGAACGUCGACGGGCCCAAAAGCCCGUCCAACACCCAGCCAAACGCCAGAGACUGAACAACCACCCUCGAGAGGAACCCGCGCAACAAUUAAACGAGGAGCUCGCGCAAAUUACAGCUCCCGAAGAGCAACAAGAAGAAGAGCAACACCAAGAAUCCCCGGUACCCUCCUCCCAACCCCGACCCGGAGAUCCCCCAACGCAUCGAGAGGCGUUAUCGGUCGCGGACAAAAUCGCGUCUAUCAGCAGAAGUGGACAGAAGGCCAAACCCGACGGCUCGUCCGACUAA